AUGACGGAGUCAACGUUUGCCGUCGAGGCCUUCUCCAUGGACUCGAUGUCUCCCUCUCCCGGGGCUGAGAUCCCCCGUCUGACCGUCUCGCCGGCUGACACCACGCUCAAGUUCGAGGAUGUCGUCCCCGAGGGCCUGCCCAAGGUCGACACCCCCAAGCCGGCGGAGAAGAAGCCAGUCAAGAAGCGCAAGUCCUGGGGCCAGGAGCUGCCUACGCCCAAGACAAACCUCCCUCCAAGAAAACGAGCAAAGACAGAAGAUGAAAAGGAACAGCGGCGGAUAGAACGGGUGCUACGCAACCGUGCCGCCGCCCAGAUCUCCCGCGAGCGCAAGAGGCUCGAGAUAGAGAAGCUCGAGGGCGAGAAACUCAAGAUCGAGCAGCAGAACGAGUUCCUCCUCCGCCGUCUCUCACAAAUGGAGGCUGAGAACAACCGGCUCAGCCAGCAGGUGGCGAAACUGGCCUCUGAGAUACAGACCUCCAAGUCUAAUCCAGGCAGCCCUGCCUCUGCUUCAGCCUCGGCCAGCACGUCAAGCAUCUCGGCCACCCUCGCCCCUUCGACAUCUCCUACUUUGGCUCCCGUUCUGUUCAAGCAGGAAAACGACCUGCUGGACAAUAUAGACAGCAUUCCAUUCACUACCAACCCAGACCCAACUACUACUCCUACAACAACCACCACCACCACCUCAAACCAUAUAAACUCGACGUCGUCGACCACCCUCUCACCGGCUGACUUGGAUCACUCCUCCGCCGCCCCCUCCGAUUUGACACAACAUCCUGCAGCGGUGUUCCACCUCAGCAUACCUCUCCUUCAUGAACAUGAUCAUGUUCACCCUCCCCCUCUAUCAGACGCUGACCUCAGCCGCUUAUUCGACGCUGAUUCAUCCAGCGAGCCUGAUCUUUCAUUCCUUGAAGACGGGUUCUCCCUUGAACUUCUCCCCGACUCAGAUCUCGGCCCUUUUGCCUUUGAUUCUCUGGUUGAUCUCGGUCCCGACGAGGACAACCAACAACAACUCCAGCAGAAACUCGACGACUCGAUCGGUCUUCCGGAGCAGACUCCUCUCCCGGCUUCUGGCUUGCAGCCCAGCUUUGGCGCGUCCCUUGAGAGAUGCGACGAGCAGGGAAUUGCAGCUGGUGCUCAGUGA